AGCGUCAGGAGGGAGAAGGUUCUGGAGAAGCGUCCUCCAGAAUACAAGCGAGUCGGGGCGCCGGAGAAGCGGACAUGGCGCUGCUGUGCUACAACAAAGGCUGCGGGCAGACGUUCGACGCCGACGACAACAAGGACGGUUCCUGCCUCUUCCAUCCCGGGAUCCCCGUCUUCCACGAUGCUCUGAAGGGUUGGUCGUGCUGCCGCAAGCGGACGACAGACUUCUCUGAAUUUCUCUCCAUCAAGGGCUGCACCCGCGGGCACCACAGCGACGUGAAGCCACGCGAGCCACUGCUCCCCGAGGUGUCGUCCGACAAGGCCGGCGGCGAGCGCGCCAAUGGGCACGAGAUCAUCUAUCGGGGACCCAAGUCUUCUGAGAAGCUCCAGAGAGAGAGACCAAGUUCAGAUGAACCCAAGACCAAAUUGCCCCUUAAAGUGGCGGCGUCCCUAGCGAAGGAGCUGAAGAAACUGGACGUGAGCGAGAGAGCUGAAAAGGAGAAGAAAGAGAGCCAAGGUGUGGUGCCAGGAACACGGUGUAAGAAUUCAGGAUGCAAAACAGUCUAUCAGGGCCAAGAGACGGACCUGGAGGUCUGCACACACCACCCGGGUGCGCCUGUCUUCCACGAAGGGUACAAGUACUGGAGCUGCUGCUGCAUCAGAACCGAGGACUUCAACGCCUUCCUUGACCAGAAGGGCUGCGUGGCCGGGAAGCACCGCUGGGUCCCGAAGCAGGACAAGAAGAAGGUGGCGUGUCGUCACGACUGGCACCAGACAGCGAGCAGCGUCGUGGUGACCGUCUACGCCAAGAACCCCAACGCGGAGUUUAGCUGCGUCGAGGCCAACGGGACGGCCAUCUCCUGUCAGAUCCAGUUUGAGAGCGACAAGAUCUUCAAGCGAGACUUCCACCUUUGGGGGGUGAUCAUCGCGGAACACAGCGUCGUCAACAUGGUCCCCUCCAAAGUGGAAAUGACUCUCCGCAAAGCCGACCGGCUGACGUGGAGCAAACUGGAGGACCCAAACUACAAGCCGGAACCGGAGCCCACGGAGGACGAGAGCGACGACGUCCCGGAUUCGCGACGUCCCGACUGGGACAUCGACGACGACGACAUCAGCGACUCGGACGAGGAGUGGGCGUACGACACGGCGCCGAAGGAGACGCGAGCCGAGGCCGACGGUGGCCGACAGCGAGCCGACGUCGAAGAGUUGCACAAUGUAAAGAGGAAAGAGGUGGAGCAGGAGGUGAGGAGGGCCAUGGAGGAGGAGAAGAAGCUGGAGGAGCUCCGGAGGCAGCAGGAAGAGGAAGGAUACGAAGACAUGCCGGAACUGGAGUAAAACUUGUGAUUAAAAAUCGAAAACGUUGUGAUAUUACCUCCCAAAAUAGUAACUCACAAACCUCAGUUUUAUGUGUCGACAAUUUUUAUGCUAAAAUGUGAGUUU